GGUUGAUCUUUCAAACAUUGUGCCGCCAAGUUUGCUGAAUGCUACUAAGCAAAAAAUAUGGCCCCCAAAAAGACCAAAAAACGCCCUAAACAGAACUUGUCUCAUGGUUCAGGUAGUUCAAGUGAAUCGGACGGAAGCAAAGGAAUGAAAACACACAGACGUUCAGAAAGACUUGGCAAGCUGCACACAGAUACACGUAGUCCUGUGGUUGACUUGGCCUAUGAUGGUGAUGGUGAAACCACCGAAGAGAAUGUGUCGGAGAAUUCGGAUCAAGUGAUGCGUUCGGCUGGAAGUGAUGCAUAUGACUUUGAAGAUGAUGAUGUUGAAACCAGCCCACAAACAUUGUCGUUGUAUCAGAAAGUAAAAACAAACAGUGAUCAUGAAUCCAAAACGACUAAAAAAACAGACAGAAAAAAGAAUUCAUCUCAAGAAAAUAAAUCUGAUGCUAAAAUGAAGUCAAAAGUUCCAAAACCGGAUAAAUCAUCACAUUUAACAUUAAACAAAUGUAACAACUUUUCUGUGGCAUGCAUCUUAAAAGCAAAAUUUGACAACAAAAUUGUUGAUGCAAGUUCUGAGAAGCUUAGUACGGACAGUUCAGUGCAAUCCCCUCCAGUGUUAAAAACCCAAAAUACAAGCUCAGCUAAAAUGUCACUAGUUACACGCAGCAAUAAAACAGCUUUAUCCAAAACAAAAACUCAAGUAACAAUCACCACUAACAAAACACCAGUGACAUCGAUUAACAAAAAAUCACCAGUUUCAUCCAUUAACAAGAAUACCUUAAUUAGUAACAAUCAAACGUCGGUCGUGUCAAUAACGAAAAAAACUCCACUCUUGACUAUUAACAAGAGAACACCAAACACAUCUGCCAAUAAAAAAACACCAGUGUCAUCCAUUAACAAAAAAACACCAGUGUCGUCCAUUAACAAAAAAACACCAGUGUCGUCCAUUAACAAAAAAACACCAGUUGUGUUGAUCAACAAAAACAUUUUAAUCUCGUCCUUUGACAAAAAUACUCCAGUGACAUCCAACAAUGCUAAAAACAUUGCAAGUAGCGUCAGAUCAAACACAUCAGCAAAGCCUAAAACAUUUGCCUCCUCUAGGAUUACAAAACGCAAAGCAGCAGUGUCAAAUGUUUUCACUUCGACCAAUUCUUCACUAGAAUUACAACGGAACGAUAGUGGUGUGUUUAUUUCUCCACCUCCUGUGAAAUUAGCCAAGCUGGGUAUGAAAGAUACAUCGACCCCAAGUAACCCUGGGACGGAUGUUGUCAAGGACUCGUGUUUUGGUUUCACCAAUCUCAACCUGGUGGGUUCCCCGAUGUUGUCGCCUGUACAGAAGAUGGCUGUGACUCCGACAUCAGAUUACUGCUCGGCAGUGUUCUCUCUGUCUCAGAUCUCUGUGCACGACGACUCAUCAGACCUGAAGAGAGUUCACCAGCACUCUGUAUUUUCAGGAGAUGACUUAGAACCAGAUAUUGCUUUGAAUAAAGUCUCAUCAAAAACGUACAAGCCUGCAAAACAGAAGCGUGCCAAGGGGCGAUAUUCAUCUUCAAAGGUGGAAGCUUGGGCUGAGAAAGUGAAUCAAGAAUUUGAUGACUUGGACAAUUUUGAGCUGAGCAUAGAAGGAUGACAGAUUGUAUGAAGGCAACAGACCAACAGCACUGUUUUGUGACAGGUCUAAACAUUUCAUUCAGGAACCACAAAUAAUUGUAGUUUAUCAGGUUUUCUAAAUAAUUGGUGGUGUACUAUUUAUUUAAGACUUGGCAACAUUCAUUUUGGGCAAUUUUAGUGUUGUCAAGAAUUAUAGGCCUUAUUUGUUUAUAAUCUGUGUAAUGUUGUUUUAAUACAUGCAGAACAUUAAACUGUUAUUUACUAUUUACAUAUUCAAAACAAAUUUAAUAAAAUUUCAUUUGCACAAAAAUGGUUGGACAGAAAUCUGUAUUUAUAUCAUUUAGUUUUUUUUUUUAAAGUUAAUCAGUAAACUGAUCCCAAAUCGAAUUUUGGCCAUGCUUUAUAUUUGAAGGUCAAACAGGGGGAAAACUUUUCAACCUGGAGCAGUAUUUUGGAUGUGUUGAAGUCUAGUAUACAUAAACAUUUAUUGGAACCUCCUUGUACUGAGGUAUUAAUUUUAUAGUUCACUAGAUUUUUUAAAACCUAGAAAAUAGCUCUCGUUUUCCUUCUUCUUCUUUUUUGUCAGAUCGGGUGGGUGGUUCGGGGUCUUAAUCACUCCCUGCUGAAGCAAAUUUUCUUUUUUCUCAAUAUAUUUCCAGGGGGAUCAUGACUCGACCCCCUAUAUAAACUUCGGUCGCCAGAGUGCAGACGCCCCCCUCCCCCCGAUAAAAUUCCUGCUUAUGCACCUAAAAAUAUGACUUUAGCAGUGAGACGGUGUCAAUUUUUGUGUGUUAAUGUUAAAAUUUCUUGUUUUCAACACACCAUAAGAUCUAGAUCAAUGAAACUUGGCUUAUAGUUGCACCUAUGAACGUUCCAUCUCGAUGCAUGUGUGGGGAAAAGGAGAAGAUUUUUAGGUCACCUGAGCUGAAGGCUCAAGUGACCUAUUGCGAUCUGUUGUCAUGCACAUUUAGACUACUCCAAAACACUUCACUAAUUCCAACCAUAUUUUGUGUGAAGCUUCUUUGGAAAAUGGAGAAACAAUUGAGUGAAUUUUGUCAUUUUGACACCACAUGGGUUUAGAUGUGUGGGACGAAAAAGUUGAAAAUUGAGACAAUUUUUUAAAAAGUCUUCUCUGCUUCUAGAAAUCAGAGUUCGUCAAACUGACUAGCCCUCGGUCCCAACCAGUGUAUUUUUGAUCUGGGCUAGUGGAAAGUAGCAGUAUCACGAUACUACGGUUGACGACACGAUACCCGAUAUCCUUGCUUUUGUAUCAAUUCCUAUUUUGACCAUGUAUCAAUUUCUAUAUUAAUUCUGUAUUCAUUUACCAAAAACAAUUUGUACUGGUAUGUACAUAUUGACAAGUUAUUUCCGUCGCAAAAACCAUCAGUGGACAGAGAAUAUGCCUGCUUGUGUCAAUAUGUUUCUACAUUAAAACUGUUUAGUCAGUGUUGUGCUUUUAUCAGGUUGAUUUCUUAUUUUUAAAUCACUUCACCUAAGCUUCAACAUCUUGUUUUACGAGGAAAGUAUCACAAAUCUGAUAUUACAAUACGUAUUGUAUUGUGGGCUAUGAAUUGCAGUAUCGUAUCGUGAGAUACAUGUAUUGUGACACCCCUAGUGGAAAGUAUCAUAUGUAAUAAUAUAAUACACGGGGCACUAACCAAAGUGAGAAUUAGUGAAUUUCUUAAACAGAUGUUGAACACUGCAGAAAUGCUAUAACUAAAUAGUCUUCAAUCGAUGGUUUAUCUGCUUUGUUAGUUAAUGUCAUUAAUGUUGAUUCCUCAUUUGUCCCCAGGAUGGAGUUGGUUUACUAUAGUUAUAUAGAUAAUUGCAUUUAAAGUGUCAUUUCUAAAAUUGCUUCUUCAAAACGUCUUGACCAAUUCUAAUCCCAACUUUGGAAGCUUCCUUGAUGUACCGUAUACGCAAAUAUGUGCUUGUGAAAAUGUAAACUGAAAGCCCGAUCGCAAAUUAUUUUAGCCGCGAAAAUAUUUGCAUAUAUGGUAUGUAGAAUAUAUACUCUUCAAAAAAAGUAGGGGAAUUCUAAAAUAAGAAAUUUACAUAGUGAAAUAGUGAAUUAAUUGGGCGAACAUUACAACCAGUAGUUCAGUAUUACAGUAGGUUUGAAUUGAAAUUUGACAUUUUUUUUGUCAGUAAAUCAUAAAUUCAAAUAAAAGUGAAUAGAAACAAAAAA